CAACAAUAACAGAAGGAGCAGUCGGGCAAAGAGGAGCAAGUAGCCUGCAAAAACCGAUGUUCAAUUUUAUACUUUUCUUCUAAGAAGAAACAUUUCCCUUUUCCAUUCUUCGAAAAGUAACACAGCUACCUCAUAUUUGAAAGGAUUUUAACGUCGAUUUGAGCUCUUAUCAUCCACUUCUGGUUGAGCCGCAGGUCUUCUUGUUGUUCUUUGUCUCUCCCCCACACGCCGAGCUAUGUGCAGCCUCCUGGCUCUCAGAUGAGUCGCGACCACACAUCGUUGAUGCACUUUAGCGCCUCCGCCGAGAUCCUCGCCGGCCGCUGCCAAGCCUGCAGCUGAUGACCAAAACGCCUCCCCACCAUCGCCCCGAGCCACCUGCUGCUCUCCAUUCCCUCCCCGAGAUACCCUCUCUCGGCCUGACACUCACGUCCCAGGAUGUUCCAGAGGUUUGCCAGCGCCCUGUUUGGCGACGACACACAGGAGCUGAGUCGCUGCGGCCGACCCGGAGACGGCAAGGAAAAAGAGGAUGAUGAAGACUGGAUUCUGGUCAACUUCCUGGCUGAUGCCUGCUCCAGUCAGCAUGGUGACGGCCUCCCCAGACCCACCGGGAGCCCAGACGAGGAGGAAGACGAAGACCUGGUCAUGAUCCCGUCACCGAUGGCCAGCCCUCCUAUCCGCUACGCCUCUUGCACCUCCCUCAACUCCACAGCCGACACCGACCCGGAUGGCGGCGCAGAGGAGGAGGAGGACGAGGUGGAAGGUGGCUUCCUGCGUCUUGACAUGUCCUCUAUGGAGGAAAGCUGGUUUGUCACCCCCCCGCCCUGCUUCACCGGCCGCAGCAGCCAGCCGGUCCUGGUGGAGACCAGCCCACUGGAGAACCUGCUGAUUGAGCAUCCCAGCAUGUCCGUCUACGCCCACCACAGCCCCCCCCGAAUCAACCUUGACCCCCUGCCCCGCUCCCUCGACCUUGAAUUGGGCCUGUUGCCCAGCAAUGGGCCGACUGCAACGACUGCCUCGGGUGGAAGGGAGAAAGGCAGACGCUCACUUGACGGGCCGCGUCACAGGCCAGACGUGGCGGUGGUCCAGCGUCGGUCCAGCCUCCACCCAGCCUGCUAUGCGGCUCUCUCAACCCGUGCGGGCCUCCUGCCUCAGCGCCCAGGCCUCGCCAGCCAGCCGCUGUCCCGCAAUGCGCUGCGACGUCUCAACCUGCUGCACCCACCCAAGGCCGGUGCUACACACCUGCACCAGCCCAGCCAGAGGCACCUCAAUUUCUGAGGUCCUUCUCCUGUCGUCCGUACACAAACACCAGCAACAAGUGAGGCGCCAGUGAAAAGGGCGGCAGGUCAUUUUCUGUCAUCAGCCCCUUUUGUCACAGCAAUCUCCUCCACUUUCUCCUUCCUCUCGUCAUCAUGGACUCUUCUUCAUGAAUCGAAUCAAAGCUGUAGGUCACUUUACUCAGAGGCAGGUUCACUUGGCCCCGGCAGGACCACCCACAAUGAUGUCACUGCCAUCUCUGCAACCUUUACAUGAACAUCCAACGUCUGUUCGGUCUGCAGAUAUGUUCAAUUUGACUAUUGUAAGGGGUUGCUAUAAGGCUGCAUGAGGGCAAACCUCUGAUCCAAUUUUGGACCUUGGUUUGUCUCCUCCAAAUGAUUUGACUUUAUGUGGCAAAAUCUUCACUCCAGCAACGACAAAGUCCAGCGUGUUUGUUCUGUACCGGCAACUGAACCAACCUCUGCUUUCUAAUUCAGUACUUUUCUUGAACGUAAGAAGAAAAAAAAGUCAAAAAUAACUGUUAGAUAUCACUAAAUUGCCUUGUUUUAACGGUAGCUUUGAGACGAAUAGAAAUGUUAAAAAAAUGUAUAAAAAAAAAAAGUCAAAAAUAUAUUUUGAAAAAUGGAAAACAGAUUACAUAUCAGUAUGAAGUUUGUGUGUCUGCUUCCGUCAGUGUGCGACGUGUUGCAUGGUGGUAGACUUGUGUUAGCGCUGGGAGAAAAAAAAGAAAAUGGAAAAAUAUUUUUGUUAUUUGUUUGUUCUUAAAUGAAUCUGCAGUCCAUUUCUCAGGGUCACAACCAAUCACUUUUACACUUAAGGAAAAUGCAGAUUUACUUGACAGCUGAUGAUUAUUUUCUUUUCCACCGGGACUUUUACUGAGAGGUCUCAGGAAGUGGUUUUGGUUGAGUCCAUCACAAUGGAUAGAAACUUUUUGUCAGUAAUACCUUUUGUUGGUUUUGUUCUUCUCCAUGUUAGCUUAGUUACUCUUAAAACUAUUUAAACCAAAAAAAAGGGUAGCAAUGAUCUUUUGGUCUUUCAGUAUGUUUUAAAGCAGAUGUUUUAUAACUCUUAUUGUUUAACGUUUAUUGGGCUUGGUGCUUUUAACAUGGCUGAGAGGUAUUAAUAGUCCGCCUUUUGAACUUGUCUGAAACUCAUACAUGUGAUGUUAACGUUAUACAAUGUUUUGUUGUGAUUUAGUUAUACAGUACCCCCAACCCCCCUACAUAACUUUUACCUUUAUUAACCACCCCCAAGUAAAAUGGGCUUCCUUACCAUUCUAAUGUCUAAGGAGUGUAUAAUCUACCUGCCUGCCUUUUACUUGUUUCGUAUUUCAGAUGACUAUUUCCCUAUAAUCUGCAAGAGACACAUUUGUUUUGAAUUCUUUCAAACGGAAUAAUACAUUUGCAGAGAUUAGUAAUGAGAAGUCAGACACAAUAUUCACUGUGUGAUGGGACAAUACAAAAAACAUUUUGACGGGCCAGCAGAUGUUCAUAAAGUUGUUGGCCUGCCUGUAAAUAAUCCUGAUAGUGUUUUCUGGUGUAUUUAAGGUAAUAAUUUUUUGAAUGUCUUGUUAACGCUCUACAAUUCUUCAUCUGUGUUCCAAUGAUGUAUUUAAGAAAAAGAAAUGGAUCACAAAUGAGGUUUAUGGGUUUUUUGAUUUGUGUUCUCGCAUCUGUCAUCAAAACUAACAGGGAUUUCUCAUGUUUGUGUUCAAUGCCUUGAAAAUUGUGCAUCACGUGCCUUCCAGUUUGAAAUGCUCUUAUGCAUCAAUGAAGAACUUGGAAUGUCUUUUUUUUUUUUGAAGUCCUGAGUGGACAUUCUACAGACAAAAGGACGCCAACUAUGCACCACUCAGCUGCCGCCGCCGCCCUCGCCCUUUUUCUAAAGACUCCGAUAAACCAGACAGAAUGAUGUAGCAAACCUCCAGUUUAUUCUCAAGUGUAAAGAAUAUUUUGUGGCAUUUUUUACUGUUGUUUCAUUUGAUUCACCAAGUGUUACACAUUUUGUUUUUCCCUGUGUAGUUUACUGGAAUAAUACAGCACUUUGCCAAAAAAUAAAAAAAAUUGUGUAGGUGUUUUAGGGUUAACAUUUUUAUUUAUCAGCAUAUCCUCUGUAUUUUGUAUGUACGGUUGUUCAAGUCACUUUGUUAAAAUCUGAAAAAUGUUAUAUGGGGGUCAUCUGUUUUCAAACUGUAAUAGUUCAUUCAUGUGAUCUCUUUAUUAGUCACAAAAUAAAUGUUUUCAUACACA